CUGAAUUUUCGGAGUAUAAUAGUUUGAGAUACAAAUAUGGCUUUGAUUAGGAGUGCACAAUUAGGGUUCAUUCUCCUUGUAGCUACUGCUUCUCUAUUAGAAGUGAGCGAGGCCAAAACUAUUGUCGUCGGCGGUUCUGAAGGCUGGCGUUUUGGUUUCAACUACACUGAUUGGGCUCUCCAAAACAGUCCUUUUUACAUAAAUGAUGAACUGGUGUUCAAGUAUGAUCCUCCAAGCAAGACCAACUCAGGUUACAGCGUGUACUUGCUCCCCAACCUGUGGAGCUACAUAACUUGUGACUUCAGCAAAGCCAAGAUACUGGCGAGUGAGACCCGAGGAGAUGGUGAGGGCUUUAAGGUUGAACUGAAUCAAUGGAGGCCUUAUUACUUUGCUAGUGGUAACAAAGAUGGCUACAAUUGCAAGGAUGGACUCAUGAAGCUCUUUGCUGUGCCACUUCCACGUUGGAAGUAUUGAUCUCUUGACUCCACGCACGCAAUCCAGAUUGAUUAUCAUAUUCAUUCAAUAAAUAAUUCAGGAGAUAUGACUGAAAAUAAUGAUGAGCGGUUUUGUGCUUCUUUCUUAUAAUACGACAGUACCUUUGGUAAUAGGGAUGAUAGAAGUGUCUGAAUAGUUGUCCUUGUAUUUUUUGA